GUGGAUUAGGUAUUACCGAGCCCUUUGUACAAGCUUGGAGAGCGCUUGUUUCUUUUCUCCUCAGAUAUGCAGGGACUGAAGUUCAGUGCAGUGUCUAAGUCAUCUUCUGGUCAUAAUGGAAGCCAAGAGUGAACGAAGAAGUGAGAGGUCAAAGGAACCAGCCAGGACUUCACCACGGCAGUCACAGGACAACUUCAGCAGAAUGAUGAAUGAAAACAAUAAUGCAUUUAAAAAUGUCCGCCGAAAGCCAGGCCUUCAGAUAUGGACCGUCAAUAAAAUGCAAAUGGAUCCCGUUCCACCUCAGGCCUUUGGCAAUUUCUUUGAGGGAGACUGUUACAUAGUUCUAUAUAUAAGUGAGAAUAAAGGCUCCCGCCAGUCUGCUGAUAUCCACUACUGGGUUGGAAGAACCUCCUCUCAGGAUGAACAAGGUGCUGCUGCCAUCUACGUCACCCAGCUGGACGAGUACCUGGGUGGGAGUCCGGUCCAGUACAGGGAGGUGCAGGGCUACGAGUCACCGCGGUUCAGGAGUUACUUCAAAAAUGGCCUGAUCUACAAGAAGGGUGGAGUGGCCUCAGGUUUCAACCACGUUGAAACAAACGCCUACAACGUCCUGCGACUGCUGCAUGUCAAAGGGAGGAAGGAUGUCACAGCAACAGAGGUGGAGGUGUCAUGGAGCAGCUUUAACAAAGGAGAUAUAUUUCUUCUGGAUAUCGGGAAAGCUAUAGUGCAGUGGAACGGUCCCCAGAGCAACAGAAGAGAGAAGCUCAAGGCGGUCUUGUUGGCUCAGGACAUCCGGGACAGGGAACGCGGAGGUCGCGCUCAGAUCGGUGUUGUGGAAGGAGGAGAUGAGCGGAGCUCGCCCGAGCUCAUGAAAUUCCUGACGACUGUGCUCGGACCAAAACCGGCACAGCUGAAGGAGGCCACUUCCGAUGAUGUGCCUGAUAGUGCGCAGAAAAACAGUGUCCGACUCUACCACGUUUAUGACAAUAGUGGGAAUCUAGUGAUUCAAGAAGUGGCCAAACAACCUCUGACACAAGAUCUUCUGAAAUCCUCGGACUGUUUCAUUCUGGACAACAAAGGGUCUAGUGUGAUGGUCUGGAAAGGAAAGAAGGCCUCCAAAGAAGAGCGACAAGGAGCUAUGAAUCGGGCACUGAGCUACAUUAAAGCAAAAAAGUACCCAGCCAGCACCACUGUGGAGGUGAUGGCUGAGGGAGCAGAGUCAGCAAUCUUUAAGCACCUGUUCAAAUCCUGGACAGACAGAGACCAAACUCAGGGCCUGGGUACCACACACAACGUUGGAAAGAUAGCUAAGGUCGACGACGGAAAGUUUGACGUGAUGGAGCUACACGCGCGCCCUGAACUGGCAGCACAGUACCGCAUGGUGGACGAUGCAUCAGGAGACGUUAAGGUGUGGUGCAUUGAGAAUUUGGAACUGGCUGAAAUAGACCCAAAAACCUACGGGCAGUUUUAUGGAGGAGACUGCUACUUGGUGCUGUAUUCAUAUAAAAGAGCAGGCCAGCAGCAGUACAUACUCUACAUGUGGCAGGGACGCCAUGCCACAAGCGAUGAGAUUGCAGCAAGUGCCUUCCAGGCUGUCAAUAUUGAUAACAAGUACAAUGGAGCCCCAGUUCAGGUCAGAGUGGUCAUGGGAAAGGAGCCCCGCCACUUCCUGGCUAUUUUCAAAGGCAAACUUAUCAUUUUUGAGGGAGGAACAGGUCGACCUGGUGUGGUUAACCCUGCCAAAGAUGCCAGGCUCUUCCAGGUGAGAGGGACUAAUGAGCUGAAUACUAAAGCCACAGAGGUGGUGGCCAGGGCCGCUUCUCUAAGCUCCAAUGACGUCUUCCUGCUGAAAACUGACAAUAUCUCCUACCUGUGGUAUGGAAAGGGCUGUAAUGGGGAUGAGAGAGAGAUGGGGAAAGCGAUGUCUGAUGUGCUGUCCAGGCAUGAGAAGCGGGUGGUGAUGGAGGGCCAGGAACCUGCUGAAUUCUGGAUAGCUUUGGGUGGAAAGGGCUCCUAUGCCAGUGACAGGAGAUUUGAGAGGGAGGAGCCGCUUCACAGUCCCCGGCUGUUCGAAUGCUCCAAUCAGACGGGGCGCUUUAAGAUUACUGAGGUGGAUGAUUUCGCCCAGUGUGACCUAGAUGAAGAUGACGUCAUGUUGCUGGACACCUGGGAAGAGCUUUUCUUGUGGAUCGGUAACUCCUCCUAUGAGUAUGAGACCAAAGAGGCGUUGAACAGCGCGCGGGAUUACCUGAGAACUCACCCGGCUGGACGUGACCCUGACACGCCCAUCAUCUUUGUCAAACAGGGAUACGAGCCGCCCACCUUCACCGGAUGGUUCAAUGCGUGGGAUCCCCACAAGUGGAGCGGAGGCAACUCCUAUGAGGAGAUGAAAAACAAGCUGAGUGAUUCAACAUCUAUCUCACAGAUCACUCUAGACCUGAAGAACACUAAGCUGAACAAGACUCCCGCUGGGGGAGGUGGGGGUGGUUACAGAGCACCUGGGGGCCCUCUAACUUCUCCGCCACCCAACAAGGCCUACUUCCAAGAUGAAACAGAUUUUUUCCCCAGACCCUCUAGUCCUACAAGACCCCAGUCUGGGAUGUCCUCCUCCUCUCCUAGUUCCUUGUCCUCUUCUGGAGCUGGAAAGUUUUUUGACCCUGAGCUCCUCGUCAACAAGACUCCAGACGAGCUACCAGAAGGAGUGGAUGCCACCCAGAAAGAGGAUUAUCUAUCUGACCUGGACUUUGAGAACCUGCUCAGUACUACUCGCGCAGACUUCCAGCGCUUGCCAAAGUGGCGCCAGAAUGAUUUAAAGAAGAAAGCAGGAAUUUUCUGAGAAGGAAUCACACAUCUCCAGCCUGUCUGCUGAGAAAUCCGCUUGUAAACCAAACUAUACGGCAGCAUUUUAGCUUCUGACCUUCAUCUCAAUAUUUUGUUUUGCUGUCAGAGGGGUAAAAAAAAAAAUCGACCAACAUCCCAAGUUGUUUAGAUUUAACAAAUGGUAUUUAUGAUUAUGACCAUGAAUGUAACUUGUAAUAAUUUAAAGGACGUGACUGACAUUUCUAAGAUUAUUUUUUUAAUUAUUCUGCUUUAUAUUUAUCUGUAUAUUUUUUUUUCAUUUCAUGUAGAUCAUACUGAGAUGAUGUUUUGCUAGCAUUUUAUCUGAAUCACAAAUGCAGUGAAUAAACAGAAAACCAUUGA